AUGAACAAUAGUUAAUAUAAACGCGUAUUAAAUUUAAAUGGCGACCAAUGUUCAUUACCUUUAGAAGUUCUUUAAAUAAUAAAAGAAGAAUGGUAUAAUGCAUAAGGUACGGGAGUAUCAAUGUUAGAAAUGUUUAAUAAAAAUCCUAAAUUUUUAUCCUUAAUGUCUAAAGGUGAAUAAGCUUUAAGAAAAUACAUGAGAAUUCCAAACGAAUUUAAAAUAUAUACAAUGGUAGGUGGAUAAGCUGUUUAAGUAGCAGCAGUUCCCUUAAAUUUAUUAGGAAAAAAAGAAUCCGCAGCCUAUGUAAUGAAUGGCUAUUGGAGUUAGAGAGCCAUUGAUGAGGCUAGAAAAUACGUACCACAUUUGAAUAUUGUCAGUUAAAUUUACAAAAAUGAACAUGGAAAAAUUACUUUAUAGGGUCUUUAAAAUAUCGAAGAAUAAAAUGCUUAUCUCUAUUAUGUUUCUGCGGAUCCUUCAGAAGGAUUCUAGUUUAAAUAAUAGCCAAAAAGAAGUCCAGGUGUAAUUAUGGUAGGUGAUCUAUCAGGUGAUUUUUCAACCAGAAAUAUCCUUUGGUAAGAUUUAGAUGUUGCUUUUAUAGCUAGUGAGUAUUAAUGUGGAAUCGCUGGGUCUGUAGUAUUGAUUAUUAGAGAAAAUUUAAUAUAAAAUCCACAUCCUUAAUGUCCAUAUAUGCUAGAUUAUAAUGUUUUAAAAUAAACUGAUGGAGUACCUAAUACUGUACCUGUUUUUCCCAUGUAUGUGAAUUGUUUAAUGUAUUAAUUUGCAGAAUAGAAAUAUUAAAAUGUUGAUUCUUUUGAGAAAAUAUUAGGAGGCUUUUCGGAAAAAAUUUAUGAGGUUUUGGAGAGUUAUGGAGGAAUUUAUCAAAUUUUGGUCGAAAAAGAAUUUAGGUCUAAUUGUUAGAUUGUUUUUGGAGUCAUUGGUGGAAAAAAUAAUGAUGAGUUUAUCUAGAAAGGAUAAGAUAAGGGAAUUGUAGGACUUUUUAAUAAACUAAAUUCAUAAUAUUUGAGGAUUGGGUUAGGAUUAUAAAGUAGUUAGGAAAAUGUGGAACAGAUUUUGGGAUUUUUAAGGGAAUUUGCUUAAGAUUAUUAAAUUAGAGAGGUUUAAAAUUAAAAUAAUUAGAAUAUAUGAAUACUUUUUUAUUAUAAUAUUUUUUAUAUUUUUAAUUGUUAUUAUUUAUUUUAUAAAAGAUUU